AUGGAGGUGAUGAUAAUACCCAACAACUUAGAUUUUGAUUUCAACAGCGCCACCGCGCCUUCUACGCCCAAGAUCGGCGGCAGUUACUAUUUCAGUGCUCCGGCGAGCCCUUCUCACCUCUCUCACUUCUAUCGCGAUUUUGAUGACUUCUUCGCGGCUAGUGGCGGUGGCGAUGGCGGCUCCGCCGCGGUUCCACCGCCGGUACUAGUCGAUGGUGAUGAUGAUGCUGAUUUUGCUUUUGAUGUGAGCGAGGAAUGGGAAACGGCGUCCCUUCCGCCGGCGGAUGAGCUCUUCCACGGCGGCGUCAUCAAGCCUCUUCAUGAGCCGCCGCCUCCGCCGCGUCUGCAACAACUCCCCGCGGCGGCGAUGUUGAUCAAAACUGAAGCCGACCCUUUUACGGCGGCGGCGGGGCUACAACGUGGAAGAGAAAGAGUGUUGGUAAAACCGUCGAAAUCCUCCAGCCGAAGGGCGGCGCGUUCUCUUUCUCCGAUCAGAGAUCACACCCAAUAUCAAUGGGAAGAAGAAAUCAAGGAGCCGCCGGCACCGGCGCCGCCGCCGCCGACGAAUGUUUGUUCGGCUCUAUCAGCGUCGGUGAAAGUCCAAAGGAAAUGGCGGCUGAAGGAUUUCUUCCUGUUCCGCAGCGCGUCGGAGGGACGCGCGGCGGAGAAAGACCCUUUGAAAAGGUACACAGCGGCGCUCAGACAUUCAAGCUUCCGAGCGAUUGACAGCCCCGGUUCGAGAAGAAGGGGACCGGUUUCGGCCCACGAACUACAUUACACGAUGAACCGGGCGGUUUCGGAAGAUCUGAAGAAGAAAACAUUCUUGCCGUACAAGCAGGGUAUCUUGGGCCGGUUGGCGUUUAAUCCCGCCGUCCACGCGCUGGCCAACGGCUUUGGCUUUUCCCGCAAAUAACUUGCAUAUAUUUAAUUAUAUAUAUAUAUAUAUAUAUUUACUCGAGAUUAUUUUUUAAUUUAUUAUUUGCUAUUUCGACUUAUUAGUUUCCUUUUAUUUUCAUAUGUUGUAUAGAAAUUUUCAAAAUGGUGCAAUAAAUUCAGCACGUUGGAAAAUAUGAGUAUAUGAAUAAGCAAGAAUGUUUGAUU